UUGAUAUCACCAUUUUAGGUAGCAAUGACUUUUAUUCAUAUCGGAAUCAGAUUGAAGCACGUGGACUCCCUUUGUUGCCUGAAUCAUUGGCUGCUCUUCCUCCUUUUGCAUCAAUUACUUUCAAUUCUGGGGAAUCCAGCGGAGAAAAUAGCAAGCCAGAAGUUGCAAAAACUGGAUUGGGUUCAUCUGCUGCUAUGACAUCUUCGGUGGUUGCUGCUUUGCUUCAUUACCUGGGAGUUGUUGAUCUUUCUCAAGUGAAGGGCACUGCAGAUCUGGAUGUGGUGCAUAUUAUAGCUCAAACUGCUCAUUGCAUUGCACAGGGGAAAGUUGGUAGUGGAUUUGAUGUUAGCUCUGCAGUUUAUGGUAGCCAUCGUUAUGUCCGUUUUUCACCAGAAGUAAUCUCUUCUGCUCAGGUUGCCAUAAAAGGUGCUCCCCUGGGAGAAGUGGUUAUCGAAAUUUUAAAAGGAAAAUGGGACCAUGAGAGGACAAAGCUAUCCUUGCGACCAUUAAUGAAUCUUUUACUUGGAGAACCAGGAACUGGAGGAUCAUCUACACCAUCAAUGGUAGGUGCUGUUAAAAAAUGGCAGAAGUCUAACCCCGAAAAAUCACAGGAAACAUGGACAAAGUUGUCAGAGGCUAAUUCUGCACUUGAAACACAGUUAAAUACAUUAUGUAAAUUAGCAGAAGAACACUGGGAUGAAUAUAAGAAACUAAUUAACAGCUGCGGCUCACUUAAACCUGAAAAGGUAUGAAUCGAGUUGCUCUUUUUUCUUUUCUUUUCUUGUCUUUUUUUUUUUGAAACAGAACUGAAAAUCUUGAUAGAAAUCAAUUUUAUAGCUGAAAUUCCCACUGGCUGAAACUUUUCUGGGGAAAUUAUAUUUG